CAAAGGAUAUAAUUGACUCUUCUUCUAUAGUCGGCAUUAACAGGCGUAGUAGUGCCGGAUCACGAAACGACAGCGUUCGGGUAGUUUGUUCUUCUUCGCACCAUUUCUCUUUGAUUUUCUGUGAAUCGGUGCAGUUUAUCUUCUUCUGCAAGUUAUCUGAUCAUAUAUUCAUAUAUUGAUUCAAUGGGGUGGGGGAACAUCUACAAGAGACGAAUGAAGGUUUUCACGUUGACAUUUUUGAUAUAUCUGGAUUAUAAGGCCUUGCAGCAGAGGGAGAAAUUGACAAGGAAAUCAAAACGGGAUGGUUUAUGGGAGAAAGCUCAUGAGCGGAAUGCCAAACGUGUUCUUAAGUUAAUUGUGGAGUUGGAAGGGUUAUGGGUGAAAAUGGGACAGUAUUUGUCUACUCGUGCUGAUGUGCUCCCGGAGGCCUACAUACGUCUCUUGAGGCAAUUGCAAGACUCUCUUCCUCCUCGCGAUUUGGAAGAGGUCUGUUCAACUAUAGAGAAGCAGUUGGGUAAAUCAAUGAACGAUCUAUUCUCAAAUUUUGUCAGUGUACCUUUAGCAACAGCCUCGAUAGCUCAAGUUCACCGUGCAACUCUACAUGACGGGCAGGAGGUAGUUGUUAAAGUUCAACAUGAAGGCAUCAAAACUAUAAUCUUGGAGGACUUGAAGAACGCUAAGUCAAUAGUUGACUGGAUAGCAUGGGCCGAACCCCAAUAUGAUUUUAACCCUAUGAUAGAUGAAUGGAUCAGGGAAGCACCCAAAGAACUAGAUUUUAACCAUGAAGCUGAAAAUACUAGGAAAGUCUCUAGAAAUUUAGGCUGCAAAAGUGAAGGUCAUGACAAAAAACCUGACCAUGUGGAUGUAUUGAUACCAAAAGUUAUUCAGUCCACUGAGAAAGUCCUCAUUCUAGAGUAUAUGGAUGGGGUACGACUGAAUGAUUCUCGUGCCCUAGAAGAACUUGGAGUUGACAAACAAAAGCUUGUCGAAGAAAUUACACGUGCAUACGCGCAUCAAAUUUAUGUUGAUGGAUUUUUUAACGGUGAUCCUCAUCCAGGUAAUUUUCUUGUGAGUAGAGAACCACCCCAUCGGCCAGUUUUGCUUGAUUUUGGACUUACAAAGUUGCUUUCGAGCUCCGUGAAGCAUGCUUUGGCAAAAAUGUUUCUGGCUGCUGCAGAGGGAGAUCAUGUAGCACUUUUGUCUGCAUUUGCUGAAAUGGGGCUUAAGUUGCGUCUUGACAUGCCAGAACAGGCCAUGGAGAUAACGAAUGUGUUCUUCAGGGCUACAACUCCAGCAACUGAAGCUCUUGAAACUGUGAAAAAUCUGUCAGAGCAAAGAGAAAAAAAUAUGAAAAUUAUACAAGAAAAGAUGAAACUCAACAAGAAAGAAGUUAAACGCUUUAAUCCUAUUGAUGCGUUUCCCGGAGACAUUGUAAUUUUCUCGAGGGUCCUUAAUUUGCUCAGAGGGCUUUCAUCCUCAAUGAAUGUUCGUAUAAGCUAUCUAAAUAUCAUGAGACCAUUUGCCGAAUCUGUUCUGAAAAGUGACAUGAACCAUGGACCAUCCUCAAAUCCAAAAUGGGUAUACGACGGUCCAGUACAUUCUGAUGUAGAGGCGAAACUGAGGCAAUUCUUGGUUGAUUUAGGGAAUGCUGAUAGAAUACUUGGAAUCCAGGUUUGUGCAUACAAAGAUGGGAAAGUGAUAAUCGAUACCGCAGCUGGAGUGCUGGGAAAAUACGAUCCCCGUCCAGUUCAGCCUGACAGUUUAUUUCCCGUUUUUUCCGUAUCUAAAGGUGUUACAGCUGGAAUGGUACACUGGCUGGUUGAUAAAGGGAAACUGAAGCUUGAUGAAAACGUUGCAAACGUGUGGCCAGAAUUUGGUACAAACGGGAAAGAUCAAAUAAAAGUUAACCAUAUACUUAAUCAUACCUCCGGUCUGCACAACGCUCUAGCCAAUAUCUCUGAAGAAGAUCCCAUGUUAUUUUGUGACUGGGACGAGUGCCUUAAACGCAUUGCUAUGGUUGCACCCGAGACCGAACCUGGUCGUGAGCAGUUAUAUCAUUAUCUAUCAUACGGAUGGCUAUGUGGCGGGAUCAUUGAGCAUGCAUCUGGAAAGAAGUUUCAAGACGUUCUCGAGGAAGCUUUUGUUCGCCCGCUUAACAUUGAAGGAGAGCUUUAUAUAGGGAUUCCUCCUGGUGUGGAAUCUCGACUGGCAACUCUCACAAUCGAUAUGAAUGAUCUCGCUAGGUCGGCUCCAAAACUCGACGCCACCAGGAGCAGCGCGAUCUCCAAUGCGCUGCCUUCCUCAUUCACGUUCGAAUCGGUUUCCAGUUUCAUUCCAUUAUCCAAUACGCUCAAUGUCCGUCGUGCAAUACUACCAGCCGCCAACGGACACUUCUCGGCUCGUGCACUGGCCCGCUACUACGCCACCCUCGUGGAUGGCGGUGUCGUCCCGCCUCACCAUUCCUCUUCUUCCCUCCCGCCACUCGGCAGCCACCCUCACCGCCCCAUGUUCCCUUCGAAGAAAACUUCCAUUAACCAGAAAGAUAGAAGAAAGAAAGAUUCAAGUGGCUCCACAAGUCCCGACUCUGAUGUUUACAUACGGAUACCAAACACCGAAGAUACAAGUGAUGAAGUCGACACUAAAAUCUUUACAAACACUAAAACGAAACUUCACGAUGCCUUUAUGGGAAGUGGCGAUUUUGAGGAUUUAAUCUUUCCAGGUGGGAGAUUCGGGUUGGGGUUUAGAAGGGUUAGAACAGCUGAUGGUUCCGUAAUCGGGUUCGGUCACUCGGGUUUAGGUGGAUCUACAGCAUACUGUGACAUACACAACAGGUUUGCAAUCACUGUGACCCUAAACAAGCUGUCUUUUGGUGCUUUGACCGGUGAAAUAAUCCGGUUUGUUUGCUCGGAACUUGAUCUUCCUGUACCCGAAGAGUAUGCAGGAUCUCGGUUCGCUGAGACACCAGUGAUUAAUUAAGCGGUUUUAAUCCAAACAUGUUUAUACAGUAAACCGAUACAUGAGGUAAAACUUGAUCAUAUGUGUAAAUUUAACAAAGAUUUUGAUGUGUAAAUUAAACGUACAAAGCUAUCUUUUCCUACACUACUUCUGUAACUUCUGUUAUUUAUUGUUGUUGUGCACGUGAUUAGUGCAUUUGCAUUAUGAAAACAUAAUAAUAUAAUUUAUAAUUAGUUGAUA